AUGCUGAACCGACUGAGAAACCGCUCCCUCUACGACCUCCUCCACGUCGAUCCCUCUCGAGACCGUGCCCACGUCUACGAAACCUCCUGGCUUCUCCCUCCCCUUCCCUACGCCAUCCUCCGCGGCACCAUCUCCCUCUACAUCUUCACCAGCAUCUUCUUCAUCUGGGGCUGGAGCGGCACUCAUGGCGACCGCGCAGAAAUCGGCGAGAGCUUCAGCUACUUCACCUGGCUGACCUACUGGGGAAUCGGUUUCUACAUGCUCUUUGCCUCCAUCCACACAGCCUGCUAUGCACUUAAGGGCCACUCGGUCCUCUUCGACCGCUGGCCUCGCGCCCUUCGCGCCCUCCACGGCCUCUUCUACACCACCGUCACUACCUACCCUUUCCUCGUGACCAUCGUCUUCUGGGCAAUUCUCUACUCGGGACCUUGGUACACCGUGACAUUCAGCGGAUGGCAGAACAUCUCCCAACACGGCCUCAACUCCCUCUACGCCCUGUCGGAAAUCAUCCUCCCAACCACCGCCCCGCACCCGUUCCUCAGUCUUACCGUGCUGAUCUUCAUCCUCCUUCUCUACGUCUCCCUCGCCUAUCUCACCUACCACACUGAGGGGUUCUACACGUACUCGUUCCUGGAUCCCGGUCCGCAUGGCGAGAAGAGUGGCCAUGUUGCGGGUUACUGUUUCGCCAUUCUGGCGAUCAUCAUCGUUUUCUUCUUGUUCUCGUGGUGCGCCAUCUGGUUGAGGCGGAGAUUGACGGGCGGGAAGGUGAAGAGGUCUGUUUACGAUAGGGAUUAUGCGGGUGCUGGGAUGCAGAUGCAGUCAAGAAGAAAUGUCAAUAUGACACGGUUAGAGAAGAAAGAAGAGAUGAGAUGA